GUGCGCAUUACGCACACUUCCAGCCUUAGCUUCAGAAGGGACUCCCACGCUGCUGCUGUCUCCUCCGAACUUUUUCGCCUCCUUCCACAAACUUUUAACAACUUGUCACAUCUCUGCAAAGUACCGAGGGCAUCAGAGUUGACUGCAUGGCUACAUGAAAGUUUACUGGACGUGGAACUUGAAAAUCUUUGGUGGCGCUUUAUUGGAGCUUGUCGCUUCUAUAGUUACUGUGGAUUAUUGACAUACUUCAGGACUUUUGGCAACUAUUUUUGGGGAGGUCUGAGUCGAGAUGGGGAGCAAAGCUCUGCACGCCCCAAUCCCACUGCACCCGGCCCUCCAGCUGACAAACUACUCCUUCCUGCAGGCCGUUAACACUUUCCCCGCUGACCAGCUGCAGGGACUGUACGGCCUAAGCGCUGUACAAACCAUGCACAUGAACCACUGGACUCUUGGUUACCCGCACAUCCAAGGACUUAGGUCGACGAUCACCGAGAUGGCAGCCGCCCAGGGUCUGGUAGACCCCAGAAUUCCCUUCCCAGCGUUACCAUUCACGGCCGCAGCACAACUCUUCCACCCGAAACAACUUGGGCACGGCGUCCCCUCAUUGCACAAGGACAGGCCGAGAUUUGACUUCGCCAACCUGGCCCUCGCUGCCACCCAGGAGGACCCACCAAAAGCUGCGGACCUGUCGAAGUUGGCAUCAGGACUAGGAGGAACCAUCUCCGAGCUGAGCAAGCUGUCUCCGGAUAGGAAACCCACCCGCGGCAGGCUCCCAUCCAAGACCAAAAAGGAAUUUAUUUGCAAGUUCUGCGGCAGGCAUUUUACCAAGUCCUACAACCUCCUUAUCCACGAGAGGACCCACACAGACGAGAGGCCCUACACCUGUGAUAUUUGUCACAAGGCCUUCAGGAGGCAGGACCAUCUCAGAGACCACAGAUACAUCCAUUCCAAGGAGAAACCUUUCAAAUGUCAAGAAUGUGGGAAAGGAUUCUGUCAGUCUCGAACUCUAGCCGUCCAUAAAACCUUACAUAUGCAGGAGUCUCCCCACAAAUGCCCCACAUGCGGAAGAACCUUUAAUCAAAGAAGUAACCUGAAAACUCACCUUCUCACCCAUACAGACAUCAAGCCCUACAGCUGUGGCCGCUGCGGAAAGGUGUUUCGGCGCAACUGUGACUUGCGACGGCACAGUUUGACGCACAGCCCACAACAGGACUUCUAGGCUGGACAGACUAACAAAUAAACAAUGGUCAAAACGCAGGAAGACAAGUCAGCAAGCUUUUGUUCAGAGACAAUCCACAAACACCAGGACACGUUUACUGCGGCACAAUCGAGAGUGGGAUGUUUGCACCUCAAGUGGGAGAACAGCGGAGCUUUGGCCAUGUCCACCUUUCACACCACCCUUUAAAUACAAAGACUAUGUACAUAUGUGUUUUUUUUUAUUUUAUUUCCUGACAUGAAAUGAUAAAGUUGUCAAAGAACAAUCAUAAGUUUAAAGUGUGUCUAAAUGUAUUUCAAAAAUAAAUAUUUCCAUUAUGUAAA